AUGAAGCAGUUGACAAUUUGGAAACAACCAUCUAGCUACGAUGAAGGUAAAGCGGAAUCCUCUUACGAUGAUGAUGAUGAUGCGCAUACCACAAAGCAAAAACCACUGGAAGACGAGAAGCCACUUGUGUACUGCGAAGAUGAGUCUAUGGGGUGUACUCGCCCGCCGCCGCUAUUAAUGCAACAUCCGAUAGCUGCCUGGGCACUAGGAAGCCUUGGUGUACAGUUUGUUUUGGUGGUAAGUCUAGUGGUCCCAGGCGGCACUAUGCGCGGCGCUCCGAGUGUGACUCACUUAACUGCAAAGACAAACACGUGUAUGGCGAUGUUACCCAGUGAAGUUCGCAGUCGUAUUGAUGAAACAGUGGACCCGUGCUGUGACUUUUACGCUUUUUGUUGUGGCGCAUGGUUGAAAAUAGUAAAGAUCCUAGUCGAGGAAUCUCGUGUGAUCUUGUCCUUAUCUGCUGUGGAAGCCGAAAACGAAAAGGUGUUGAUCGACAUGAUGCACCAAGGCUGGUUGCUGCUGGGUGGCUUGUACGAGUCGUGUAUGAACGUUAACAACACCAAAAGCCCGACGGCGGACGAUGUGUCGAUAAGGUUCUUGUCGCCGGUGUUGGAGCAGAUUGCUGCAACAAAGACAAAGAUGGAGCUGUCUCAAUUGGCAGGAGCCUUAUCUAAAGCAGGACCAAAUUUGUUGACAAAUCUCUAUGUCAGUGGGGAUGAUCCAGAAGUCGAUGUGUACGUGUUGUAUGCGUCGCAAACUGGACUUUCUAUGCCAGGUCCAGAAUAUUACUUAGACCGCAACCAGUUUGGCUCAACCCGUGACGCAUUCCAUGCGUAUGUGAUGGAGUUGUUUCGAUUGGUUGGAUUGGAGUUGCGUGCAGCAGCAUCCCGAGCUUCAGCAGUGGUUGCCUUUGAACAAACACUUGCACCGCUUUUUGAACAGGAAGAACAGUCCAAAGAUUCUGCAGCACCCUUCAGCCGUUUGCUUCAAAAGCUUACAGCUCAGGACGUCAGUUUGGUCAUUAAAACGCCCGCAUUCUUCGACCGCGCUGAAAAGCUCGUGACUGGAGAUUCUGUGACUUUGAAUACCCUGAAAGUGUCUGACGUAUAA